CUGGUGCCCGCCAGAGAGGAACGGUAGAAAAUGGCGAGUCUGUGCAAAAAGCAGCAAUGCACAAUCGACAGGCGCGGCUUUCGGCAGGAACUUGACUCUUGGCGACACAAACUAAUUCACUGUGUAGGUUUUGAGAGUAUUCUUGAAGGUCUGAUUUGUCCAGAGCUGCUAGAAGACCUAAAAUUGUUUAAGGACUUAAAGCCUAUUGCAGUGUCUGAUUGGUCAUUUGAUGAAAAUUGUUUAUUCUGCUGUUUGAGAAGAGACAAAGUCAAAGAACACUUAAUUGGCUUAAACAAGGAGGGGGUAGAAGAAACACCCAAACCUCUUCUGAUUAAAGAUCAGAUCACAAUCAGCAGACUAGAGAAACAAGCCGAGGAAUUUCUCAAUGCUGUUCUUAACAGAAAAGAUGUGCCAAGUUUCUCAGACCCACACAUUCCAGUAGUGGCUCGAGAGAUUCUUCAGAGAAUGAUCAGUCAGUUUGCUGCCGAAUAUACCUCAAAAACCAUCUCCCCUCAGGACAGUCACUCAGACUCCCCGCCUCACUCUGACCAAAGCCUGCCGACCCCGCCCUUGUAUUCAGGGGCUCCUCCUCCUUCUACCAGCCCUGCUGCCACCUUGACUGGGCCAGCACACAACCAGAACCCCGUCCUAAGCAAGCUCCUCAUGGCUGACCAAGAUGCUCCUCUUGACCUCACCAUCAAGAAGCCCCUGGCAGAGCCCAGUGAACAAGAUGGAGUUCUUGACUUAUCUAUUAAAAAGAAUCGCUACAGCAGCAGCCAAUCUGUCCACAGUCCCUGCGCUUCUCCUGCUGCAUCCACAUUAAAGGGAGAGUCUCCAGACUUCCAUGUUACAAAGGCAAAGGACCUGCAGUCCACCUCCACACUGGAGCAGUUCAUGGCCAAACUCUGUCCCCACCAUCAGAGGCAGAUAGUAGAUGCCAUAGGUUUUCUUCAAUCUGAAGUAAAAGCACAUUCAUCCUCUAAUGCACAGAAAGCCUCUAACUCUACCUCUGGCGUCCAGGGAAGUGCUUGUGCUACUGCAAGCUCCAGUGAAGUCACCCCACAGAAAUUAGGCCCUGAACUAAGCUCUCCCAGUCAGUCCACUCCCAAGACAGAAGUCCAGGAAAUGUCCCAUUCUAUCACAAGCAGUUGUGCAAUUAAGAAAACUCCAGAGCAUGCUCUGUCCCUGAAAACAUCUGGCCCUGAGUUAGAUCAUUGCAGCCCUGGACCAGGGAGUAACCAUCCUCCAGCCUCUCCCACUGCUAAUCCAGUGGAUGGAGAGCUGAACCGCCACAACGAUCAUGCACCUCUUAAGAUGAAAAUCAUGACCAACAACGGUACUGGUAAGAAGCUAUCAUGUGUGCUCAAUACAACUCUUUCUUCUCAAGCUGACACUUUGGAGGACAAACAGGACAACUUGCAUUCAUUCAGCAAAGCAGAGACUCAAAGCGCCAGGCUCAGCUCCUCUGUAAAAAGAUACAGUCAGUUGAGUCUCGCACAUCAAGCUAGGCGAAGGGAGACUCUUGGGCAUCCCAAAGAUACAUCAGCAAAAGUGUUUCCUGUUCACAUUACCAUUCCUUCCAACUCUGCAAGGACUGCGAGGAAGACCAUCAGGUCUUCUGAACACCGGAUGAGGCACUCCUCUUGUAGGCAGAUGGUUGACCCUGAUCUUGGCCGCUGUGACAUUGUUUUUAUUGACAAGCCAAUAACAGAGUGUUUAAAGGAGCAGCGGCGCAGCGUGCUCCCACGCCGCAAUGCCAGAAAAAGCACCAGGGGGCAUAUGUAUUCAGAUGAAAUCUGGGAGUUAAAAACUGUCCGCACAUUGGCCGGGAGGGGCAACUGUCCUAAUCCAAUGCCGGAGCUGAUCACACUGAUCACCCCAAAACAAAUCCUUUCAAAGCCAGAAGGUGUACCUCCUGUACAUAUGCCGUUUGCCGGAGCAUGCAGGGAGAAAAUAAAUCAACAAAUGUCCAAUGAAGAGUCAGAUGAAAGUGUAUUACCAGGCGCAGGAGAUGUUGUAGAGGUUGCAGCUAGUAAAGUAGAUAUUGUAGUUGAAACAAGUCAGACAGAUCAGUGUCAGAAUAAGGAGCAGUCAGAUUCGCCAUCUCCAUUAAGGUGCACUACAGAGAACCAAGAAAAAGAGGCAACUGUUGAAUCAGGGGUGAGAAGAGAAAGUGAAGAUGCUGUUGGAGAGCCAACAACUGAAGCACUGAAAGAGAAUGAGCCAGAGUCGCAAGAGGUCACACAUAACAGAACAGAGCAAACAGAUGCAGGAGCAGAAACAGAAGCAGAGCAAUUCCUGAGUAUUACCACAGAAAAAGCUGUGCCCCAGCUUUCAUCAGAUAAAGUACAAGCUUGUGAGCCUGUUUAUCAGGAGACUAGCUCCCCAACAGCCAGUCAAGUUGAGGAAGAGGAGGAAGAUAAAGGAGAGAAAAUGCAAUAUGAAGAACCUAAAGAACUUCAGCCAGAAAUGCAGAAAAACUCUGACAACAUUCAGGUGACAGAAAAUCUGUCUACUGCAGGUACAGCAGAGGAGCUGAUAGUAACGGAGGUGGAUGUUAUAAUGUCUGAAACAACUGACAGUGUUGAGCCUCUAGAAACAGAAAAUAAAGACGAGAGUAAUUUGUCCUCAAAGUCACUUGAUCCACUCUCAAAGAAGUUACCACCCAAGAGUCAGCAGCGUAGGAAAAAAGGUACCAAACCUUCACUACCAAAGAGUUUAGUGCAAACAGAAUCAGUGAUAGUCGGUUAUGUUAAUGGUAAACCUGUAUCGGCCUCUGAUAGAAAUCUGCGCCACAGAGCAGGCAGCAACCCCACAUCACCCAGUGGAACGCCAGUAAAAUCCAGUCAGAAUACACCCGAAAAAACAUCAGCUGAUCCAACUGUUGAUUCAGAUGUUGAAAAUAAAAAAUUAGAGAAAACGCCACCUGAAACAAACAAGCCUGUAAAAUUGUUAGAGACUACUCCUGUGAUUCAUGAGACCGAGCCAUCUUCUGAUGCACCAUCAAGCCCAGGAAAUAAAUUUCCCUCAAGGACUAAACAAACCCACAAACAAAAAAGUGUCGUGAAAGGUCAGGAAAGUUUGCCUGCACUCGCUGAUCAGACUUCUGAGUCUAAGCGGCAGCUGAGAUCAACCAGUCAGAAAACGUUGGGAACUUCAGCUUCAAAUAUCCUCACUUCCAUUUCUCCCCCAGACCCUUCAACCCUUAUCCUUCCAUCUGCAGAGCAGAUUCCUGCUCUCCUUCCUUUUCCACCUCCCAUAACUUCAUCUCUUCUAUUCAGGUCAUCUGAUCCCCCAGAGUCUAAACAGUCCCAACAGAGCACAGCUCCAGAAACCGUUGAAUCAGACAUUGAAAUUGCACAACCUGCAGAGGCAACAUCUAAAGAUAUACAAAAGAAUGAGUUAGAAAAAGAAUCAGAGACCAAACAAAAAAAAUUAAGAUCUGCUAAAGUUGUUUCAGACAACAAUAAGAGUGAGAAACAUAAACUCUUUGGCGAGGUAUCAAAUCCUGAAAAUCAAAUUCCUGUAAAGACCGAAAUGCAAACACAGCCAAUGCCAUUAAGAAGUAAGCGGGUUCCGCAAAAGGAAAACGAGGCGAGCGAUGAUUUGAUCCAGAAGAAAAGUGUAGCAUAUUUAGAGGACAGGUCUGUAAGUCACGAUGAUAGCAGUUCCUCUACAUCAGACAGACCCACAAGAAUGCCAUUAAGAAGUGAGACGAGCAAGCUUGACCUGUCCCACCAGUCUGCUUCCCAGUCACCAUUAUCCAGCAAGAAACUGGCUUUGAGAUCACAAAGAUCAGCCCCAUUGUCCACCAGUACUGUUACAGAGACUGCAAGACAAAACGAUGUUCGAAUAAUGCCAGAGAGAAUAACAAAAGCUCAGGUGAAGCACCCAUCAGUGUCUGUUACAUCUGUGCCCCACAGCUCCCACGUAGCUGUCAUCGCCCCAAAACACGAGCCUCCAAAACAAAUGCCCAACAAAUUCUUUGAGACUCUGACUGGAGAAGAGAGCCAGCACCUAAUUACAAAUCUGAAUAUCAAGUUUGAUAAAAUGCAGAAAGGCUGGGUGCAAAUGGACAAAGAAGGUCAGCCAACAGCAAAGUACCGAAACAAGUCAGACAGACAAGCAGCUAUUUGGAAAAGUAAACGCAGAGCACGGAAACCAAAGUCUUCUGAGCAGCAGAAAUACUCACCAGUCCAAAUGCUUUUCAUGAAAGGUUUUAAUCUCAGCAGUAUUUGUCGCUGGUUUCUAGAAUCUACAGAAACAAAAUCCCUCGUUAUUGUGAAGAAGGUAAAUACACGUCUUCCGUCAGAAACUCAGCUCUGCUUCCACAGCUCGUCGGGUGCGUCAGGGACCUCGCAGGGAGUGUUUCCAAGUCUUCAGGCAGAACGCUUAAAGAAACAUUUGAAAAAGUUUGCGAUUGCUUCUCCUGUAAAGAGCAAUCCUAAGAGUCAGAAACUGAUUGCAAAGGCAUUGGAGCAGGAGGCGAGCACAGUGAGAGGGAAGGAGAAAGCAGAACUUCCCAGUAAUACUCAGACUGUGACUAAAUCAUACUCCUCUGCUAAAGCCUCUGCGCAGACAGGUGAAUCACAGAAAUCCUCUGGAAAAUCAAAAAAUCCAGCGAGUGCAAGAAUCCUGAGGAAAUACUCUAACAUCAGAGAGAAGAUGCAGGUUCAGCAAACCACCGUUAGACUGAAGGGGGGCUCAAAAAUGUUAAAAAACAAAAAAAUGAAAAAACCACUGGCUGCUACAAAGUCUGCUGCUAAGUCCAAUUUAAAACCUUCACUAAAGGGACGGAAAUCAGCCGUAGCUGUUAGUAAACGGAUGAAAGAGUCAGCAGCAAAACUGCAGAAAAGGAAGAUGUUAGCUGGGAAAAAGAUGAAGAAGCAUUAUGUUCAAGAGAGGGCAGUGAAGGCUCAGGUCAGCAGUAGAGCUUCAAGAGAGAUGUCUAGAAAAGACCUGCCAAAGAGAUGUUCUCAACGACUUGGAUCCCCUAAAGUAUCUGAACACAACCCUGUAGAUACACCGAAAAACAAGGUUAACAAUAAAAAAGAAAAAGAGGCUGACAAAGGAGACAUGGAAAAGUGCACACCGACAAAAAUGAAUUCAACAGUAAUCCAAACAAAGGAGUCCUCAGAAAGCCCGGUUGCUGAAGUCAAAGGUAGCGAGAAGGCUGCAGAAACUCCACAGCCAAGCGUGGAUGUCAAGGCUCCAGCCCCAACCGAUCAGGUACUGACAAGAUCCCAGAAAAAGAUGGAGGCAGGGGCCUCUUUGGCUGGGAGCUCCAGUAGUGUUUCGAAGAGGGCAACAAAGUCCACUGCAUCACCUAAGCGAGUCAAGAAGGCAGAUGAACGGACGCUGACGAGAAGCGGGGCGUCAAAGAGACAUCAGACAGCCUUGCUGCCACGCAGUGCAACAAAAGCAGCUGCCACCAAGAGAGCUCAGGAGCUUUUAGAGACCCCGGCAAAGCGCACCAGGACAAAAUAAAACGAACCCUCAGAGAUGCCAUCUUUAUGUAGAGGAGUUUUUGAUUUUUCAUUUUAUUUGGAAUAUACUUAGAAGGACCAAAUGCAUCUAUUUUGUAUUCUAUCCAAACUCUUCAGAGUAUUCUCUGUUCAGGAAGGGACAAAAAAACAAACAAAAAAAAGAAACAGAUAUUAAAAAUUGUUUAAGCUUUUGUAAAGCUUCAGAGUGAAAAUGCAAAUGGGAUGGCAUAUUUGCUGAACAUUUGUUCUGUGAUCAGGGGCUACAGACAAGUUCUGUGUGAUGUCCGGUAGUGGCUAGCAGCACUCUACGGCAUGGCUGGAGAUAACAAUAGCCCGUCAAACCCCAUUUUAGAAGCUGGGAUAACAACCAUCAAACUUAAAUGCUGUUAUGAAGGUGUAAAAAAAAUGAAUUUACUAUCUUCUAAUUUACUGUUUUUUUCCCUUUGGUUUUCCCUUUUUGUAUAUAAAUAUUGUUUUAUGUUAGCACGUAUUGCAUUAAUGUUCAGAGAGCUGGAGAGGAAAGAGGAAAGGAGCUUUGAAUGAAUUUUUACAUGCGGUAAUUUGGCAGUUUGUAUCUCCAGCCUGUCUUCCAAUCACGGCAUUGUGAACAUGUGACCGUUGUGACCAGGUGCCUUAUUUAUGAAAUGUAAUGUAAACUAAUGUGUUGCUAAAUGUGAACCCCCCCCCCCUUCCUGGAGAGGCAGCAAACGUUCAUUUGCCUCAAGGAACGAGCGCAAACUGUUCAGGUGUUUGUCUCACUCCCUGACAGAUUAAUCUUUUAUGCCCUUUUUUCCCAAAGCAUUAACAUAGAAUUGCUCUUAUUAUAGCUGUAUUGGAUGUUGAGGUCAAAGAUGUUAAAACAAAGAGGAGUACCCGUUAUAUGUCAUGGCAAGUUUGCUUUUGUUUUUGUUUGUUUUGGGUUAGUUUUCAUCACUGUGUCUCUGAGUGUUUUACCUGCUUCUGCAUGUGGGGAAUCUUGUUAACAUGGAGAAAAUUUCUGCAACUCUUACAAUGCAGCCAAGAAUCCCAGCGUUAUAUUUAUUCACCGGCUCCUUUCAAGACUGGCUGCACAUUUGGAGAGGACUUUGGAGUUCUGGUCUUUGUAUCACCUUAAGAACAGUAAUUCCUCAGGUCUGAUCUGAAUGAACUCCUGAGUGUUAGUGGCGCAUUGAGGAGCGAUAAUUCUUUCCCGGGAUAUUUCACAAGCUGGUUUUCAAGUUUUGUGUUGCAAUUUUAUGUUAUUUUAUUGUCACCGACUGUUGGAGCAAGUUCUCAUAAUGUGAAGUUUGUUUACUUCCGCAGUAGAAACUUACAUUGGUGUAUUGUUUAAGAAACAAAAAGAAAAAAAAAAAAAAACAACAUAAUUUUAGCACAGUGUUAAAUAUUUCUCUUUUUUUUUAUUCUUGUCUUUUCCUUUAAAAAGUGAAAUCAUUUGUAAAUGCAAAACAGGUCCACAAUGUUUUUAUUGUUAUUUAAGAACUCCUUGUAGGCUAACGAAUUUUGCAAAUCUUAACAACCCACCAAAUAUCAGACUUGAACAUGUUUAUUCUUUACAGUUGCUAUUUAAAGAUUUUGAUUUUGUAUAUUAGAAAGAAAUACCUGCUUUAUUUGUGGUAAUCCCAAGAAUGAUACAUCUUUAUGUUAAGAACUUUGUAUUUUUGCUGGAGUUGAUAUAAAGAUGUUUGAAUUUUA